UUUCUCUUCCGUCAUUACUACUCGUCCACUCCACAAUGGCAUCUCCAGCUCCCCAAGGCGACCAGCGGGAUCUCCCCCCUCCAUGGAUCAGACAGUUCGAUCCCAGCUACCAGACAUACUUUUACGUCAACCCGACCACAAACCCGCCCACCACUUCCUGGACCCACCCCGGCCUUGCAGAGGGACAAGUCCAUCCGGAGCAGGCACAGGCCAUCCACGAGGCUGGGCAGACAGGGGGCGACAACCAGGGAGAGGCUGCAAAGUUCCUGAACUCGGGAAGCGUGGCCGAUCCUGCGACCGGGAGCUACAACCAGCCAGGCGAGAUCCAGGGUGCUGGCGGGCAGACUCCCGAGGCUGGCGAGCGGGGAUUGGGCAGCAUGGUGAGCGGCCUGAUGGGCAAGACGAACAACAACAACCAAUAUGGCUACAACCAGCAGCAGUACCCGCAGCAGUACCCGCAACAGCAGCAGCAGCAAUCUGGCGGUAGCAAGUUUGGGUUCGGGACGGGGAUGGUCGCGGGCGGCGCUGCGUUGCUCGCCGGAAAGCUGAUCUCCAACGUCGUCGGCGGGCGCCACAACUCAUCGGGCGGCGGCAUGUUCGGCGGGGGAGGAGGCUACAGCCACAACAUGGGUCCCCCUCCCUUCAUGGGCGGUGGGCACCAUGGCGGGCACGGCGGGCACCACGGCGGCGGCGGGAUGUUUGGCGGCGGCGGCGGCGGCCCCGGUGGCUUUGGCGGUGGUCCCGGGCGAUGGUGAGCUGUAGCAUAGUAUGGUAGAUGCAUAUGCAUGUAGCGAAUUCGUAGAUACCUGGCGCAUGUAUCCCGUC